GUGACAGAGGUUCCAUUUGGAUUGCAACUGAGUUCGAGUUGUACUUAAGAAAGUUCAAAAUAGUCAUCUGCUGUUAACUCUAUCAAUACCUGAGGCCCAAGAUUAUCGAUACUAUGAUGAAUAAUAAAAAAAGGAGCGCAAUGGCCACUAAAAAAGCUAAGACCACCUACAAGAGUUGCAUCCGCACAGGAGAACAUGGCCAUAAAUACCAACGCAAUCUUGCGUAUGUAAUAUGUAUGAGAUUGGUUCGUCGAAAUUGUGGAUUCAAUUUUUAUUUCGAAUUUGAUGAAGCCGGCAAAUUCGACGACAUAGCUUUUCAAACCAAACGAGAAGAUGCCAUAGACCAAAGUUUUUAUACGCAGGUAAAGCAUUCCGAAAACUUUUCCAAAAUCGAACACAGCGAAUUGUUUCCCAACGAUGACAACGAGAAACGUAAUGGCAAUUUCAGUAUGUUUAAAUACAUGAAAUCACAUUUCAUCUUUCAAAGGACAAAUCGAAGCAAGAAAAAAAUGAUCCUUUACACAAAUCGGAUUUUGCACGAAAAUUCUGAGCUGCUGAAAUUAGUGUCAAUUGGCACUGAUAAGACUGAGAAACUAUUGGAUGAAGUACUAGGAAUGAUAGUUCCAGAAAGCCACCGAACCACACCGAAACAUGUAACAUUCAUACCUACCGAUAAAGCCUGCAGGCUGUUUGUGGAUUAUUUCAAUCAGGAAUUUGUUGCGCUACAGGAUAGUAUAGUCAAUCUCUUCAAAACUGGUCUAAUUCCUGAUAAACUAAGCACUCACAAAUGCCUUUUGAGUAGGAUUCUCAAACAAACGCCAAACUAUAUAUCCUUCAGUGACGGCUUCGACGAGCGUAACCCAAACGAAGGCAUAGCCAAUCUCUUUCGUUUAAUCAAAGCCGAACUGAAAGUCAAGAGUGAGACGGUCGCUCCGAAAAAUGAGCUUUUCAGUACUUGGCCCCAUGUAAAUGAACACUUGAUGACGAUUAAAAAUGCCAUGGUUGAGCUAGUCAAGACUGAAGCUGUUCCUGACAUAUUGAGGGAUUAUAAAAGUGCCUUGAAGGGAAUUAUUGAAAAAUCAGAACAGAGGCUGUGUUUUGCGAAAUCAUUUAUUGAAAACAGUAAAUUGUGCACGAUGUUGGAAAACGGAUUAAAAUCAUUGGAAAAUAUUGUAAUUACACCAGAUCAGAUGUUUCUUCAUGAUAAAAAUGUCAAUCAUAAAACUUUGCCUAAGGAAGAGGAAGAAUUUCAAGUUGUCGUAGAUGCAUUAUUAGAACUUGUUAGGAAAGGAACUGUCAAUGAUGUCUUGAAACAGUACAGAAUUCCGUUGCAAAAGGUGCUGGAAAAAUCCGAGGGGAAUAAAUACAAGUUUAAAGAAAGUUUUAUCAUAUCAGGUAUAUUGAGCAACAAGUUGAUCGAAUGUCUUGGGGAUGUGGGUGAAAAAGUAAUAACUAUCAAGGAGAAGUUCUUGGAUGAUCGUAGUUCAAAGUUCAAUAUUCCUAAGGAUGAGAAUAAGAUUCAGCUGCUGGUAGACGCCAUCGUAGAACUAUUUCGAACAGGAACUAUUAAAGAAAUACUAAAAGAUUACAAAUCUGCAUUGAACAAUAUUUUUGCUGAACCGGAGGGUAAUGAAACGUUUAGAUUCGCAAAAUCCUUCUAUGAACAUUAUGAACUUCAAAAAAUACCGGAGAACUUAAAUCAACUCGAGGUAACACCCAAUGAAAUGUUUCUGGAUAAAUGUUUGCCUGAAGAAGGUAAGGAGCUUGAUUCUGCCGUUGAUAAACAAUUGCCAUCAGAUUGCAACGAAUUUGAGGCUUUGAAAGAAGCUAUGAGGGAUCUAUUCGAAACAGGAACUGUGGCUGAUAUUUUAAAGGAAUAUAAAGUGGCACUUAACAGAAUCCUUGAAAAAUCCACAGAUGGGAGAAAACUAAGAUUCAAAACUAAUAAAAACGGCGUUCUAUGCAAGCUACUGGAAAAUGAUUUGGGAAAUUUGAAUAAAGUUGAGAUCAUUUUACCGUCAAUGCUAUUUGAUGCCAAAAAUUCCAAAUUCAAAAAUUUUCCAUCGUUUGACAACGGUAUUCUUCUACUUAAAAAUGCAAUUAAAAAUUUAUCGAAAAAUGGUGUAGUUGAUAAAGUCUUGCUCAAGUAUCAAACUCCUUUGCAGGAAAUUUUGGUGAAAAAUGUUGACGGAACAGUAAAGUUCGCCUCGAGUUUUAAUGAUCAAAGUGAAAAUCAGUGCAUCAGGCUAUUGUACGAGUUGUUGAAGGCGGAUUCUGUCGAUUUGAACUCGGUGAUAAAACCACAAAGGCCCAUUUUUAAAACUUUUUCUCUGCCUUGUUUUGACAGCGAUGUAGCAAGGGUUAAAAAUUCUCUCACAAAAUUGUUCAGGACUGGCUAUGUGGAUGAUGUGCUGAUCGAUUACCAAGUCGCUUUGAAAGAUGUUCUGCAGCCAUGCUACAAAAUUGGAUUUUCAGAAUCUUUCACGGAAACCAGUAAAGAGUUUAACAUUGGAUUGCUGUUCAAGAAGCUGCAGGAAGACAAAAUCAACUGCUCGGAUAAGCAAUUGGCAGUUUAUGUGAAAGAGCCAAUAUUAGACGACAGUACUUCUGGGGUAAGACAUAUGCCAUUUUUUGUGGAGAGAACAGAUGUAGAAUCAUUUUUUGAACAAUUCAUCUUGUCGCACAGUCAACCGCAUGAUUUGUACCCUUUCGUGGUUGAUGAACUUCAUCUACAUAUGAAAACCUGGAUGAGAACUGACAUUUUUGGCAACUUGAGAGACAAGGACAGCAAGCUAGCAUUCGAAACGUUCGAAGAAAAUUUCAACAAGGCAUUGAAAGGCGGGACAAAAGAAAAUGAGAAUAACAUUUUAGAUGAGCUAUCAUUUGAUGGUUUCGCAGGACAGUUACAAACUGAGUUUGAAUCGAAAUAUCCGGAGUUGAAAACAAAGUUUUACACCAAUAGAUAUGUCAUUCUGAAUUCUCCAGAGGACGAUGUGGGUGAAGGUGAUCGGUCAUCGAAGGCACAUAAAAAGCGUAUUGGAAAAACUAAUUCACCAGCUGUGAAAAUGUCAGAUCAACAACUGGCAACCGAUUUGAAAGACAAGUUCAAGAACGAUAAGUGCUUUAUUUUAACUGCUGACCCUGGAAUGGGCAAAACGAUGCUACUGCGUCAUAUUGCUCUUGGAAUGCAGAAUCUUGACAUGGGAAUUGUACUUUUAGUUCCUUUGGACAAAAUACGGAAGUCAUUAAAGGAAGUUACAGCCGAAAAAGUGCUGAAUGUACUCCAACCAAUUUUAUCGCCUGGCAACUUCCAACAUAUUCUGGAUUCUUCAAAGAAAGAUAAACCAAUCACGAUAUUGUUUGAUGCGUUCGAUGAAAUUCACGCCGAUAACAGAGAUAUUGUUAUUGAACUGUUCAAAGUUCUUUUGCGAGCGAAAAACUUGCGGCUAAUAAUUAGUGGAAGGAAGCACAUUGAGAAACCUCUGCUAGAGGUUUGCAAGACAGUUGAUUUGGUACCAGUUAUGUUGGCGAUAUGUCCUUUGGAAAAGGAAAGCCGAAAAUAUAUAAUAAAAAGCGUCUGGGCUGGGUUCGAUUACCAAGAAGAACAGUUUAACAACUAUUCUGAUAGAUUGCUUGUUAAAUUUGAAGUAGAAAUUCCGCUGGCAGUUGAACUGUUGGCUGUGCUCUUCAGAGAAAGAUUUUAUUCUUUUUGCAAGAAAAACGCAGAGGACCAGAAAACAGAAUUGGGCGAACUCGAACGAAAUCGUUUUGAACAAAUUAAAAUCUAUGAAAUGUUUUUGAGUACUAUUUUCAGAACAGACGGAACACUUGCUGAGCUAGAGGAAACCUUCUCUUUAUUUCAUCCUUCAGUUCGAGGCAGAUUAGACGAACAUACAUUGCUGGCAAUAAAAACACUUGACGUGAAAGAAUUAAAUCAGGUUUUUAAAAAACAUAAAAAUCGUGUAAUGUAUAGAAAAUUUUGCCAAAAUUGCUUCAAGACUUCUGACAAGUCCAUUAUCGUUGAAAUUGUUGAUAGAGAAAUCAAAUUCACUCACCAGUCUUUUGCAGAAUUUUUAAUUGCUGUAUAUUUAUUCGAAAAUCUUAACGAUCACAAGGCAGUUCUAUUAAACAUAUUUCGCCAGAACGAAAAUAUUAAAAAAAAUGCUAUGAUGAUGUUUGAAAAUUUGUAUGUGGAAACUAAGGAAGGAAACGAUGAAAAUGAACAAAUGUGGAUUGAAGAUCUUGAGGAAGUUUUCAGACAAUGUAACGAAUUGGCAUUUUUCGCGUGUGAAAGCAGAUGUCCAGAAUUAGUUAACUAUUUCCUUAGUAAAAUAAACAUAGAACAGCUGAAGAGUUUGGAAGGGUAUGAUGAAAUGCUCCAUGUGGCGACUGAGACAGGAAGUUUCGAAAUUUGUUCCUUUUUAAUAAAUGAUUACAAGUUUGAUGUCAACAGGCCAAAAAAUGGUACUCCUGCUAUCUGUGUUGCGGCUAAGAAUGGACAUAUAGAAAUUGUUGAGUUGCUUCUAUUGAAGGGGGCUAAAAUCAGUGCACAAGAUAUCCAUAGUCGGACGCCUCUUCACUUCGCUGCUCAAGGCGGUCACAGUGAAAUAGUGCUUUUGUUGAUUGAUAAAGGAGCAGAUAUCGAACUAUCUGAUUAUUUUGGCGAAACGGCAAUGCAUUAUGCUGCCACCAACGGACGGGUGGAUGUUUUGAGAACUUUGAUUGCUAGAAAGGCCACAGUUGAUGUUCAAAAUGAAGACGGGAGCACGCCUCUGCUUUGUGCCGCUGAAGAGGAUCACACCGAAGCAGUGUUUUUGUUGAUUGAUAAUGGAGCAGAUAUCGAACUAUCGGAUGAAUUUGGCAAAACGCCAAUGCAUUGUGCUGCCUCCAAUGGACGGGUGGAUGUUUUGAGGACUUUGAUUGCCAGAAACGCCACAGUUGAUGUUCAAAAUGAAGAGGGAAGCACGCCUCUGCAUUGUGCCGCUGAUCAUGAUCACAACGAAGCAGUGGUUCUGUUGCUUGAUAAAGGAGCAGAUAUCGAACUAUCAGAUGAAUCUGGCGAAACGGCAAUGCAUUAUGCUGCCUCCAAAGGACGGGUGGAUGUUUUGAGGACUUUGAUUGCUAGAAAUGCCACAGUUGAUGUUCAAAAUGAAGACGGGAGCACGCCUCUGCUUUGUGCCGCUGAAGAGGAUCACAACGAAGCAGUGCUUUUGUUGAUUGAUGAAGGAGCAGAUAUCGAACAAUCGGAUGAAUCUGGCAAAACAGCAAUGCAUUGUGCUGCCUCCAAUGGACGGGUGGAUGUUUUGAGGACUUUGAUUGCCAGGAAGACCAGAAUUGAUGUUGUGGAUGAACAUGAGAGGACGCCUCUGAUAUGUGCAGCUGAAGAGGAUCACAGCGAAGCAGUGCUUUUAUUGAUUGAUGAAGGGGCAGAUAUUAAACUAUCGGAUGAAUUGGGCAAAACAGCAAUGCAUUAUGCUGCCUCCAAUGGAAGAGUGGACGUUUUAAGGACUUUGAUAGCCAGAAAGGCCCUAAUCGAUGUUGAGGAUGAAGAUGGGAGGACGCCUCUGAUUUGUGCAUCUGAAGAGGAUCACAGCGAAGCAGUGCUUUUGUUGAUUGAUGAAGGGGCAGGUAUUGAACGAUCGGAUGAAUUGGGCAAAACAGCAAUGCAUUAUGCUGCCUCAAAUGGAAGAGUGGACGUUUUGAAGACUUUGAUUGCCAGAAAGGCCAAAAUUGAUGCCCAGUGUGAAGAUGGUUGGACACCUCUUCACUAUGCUGCUGAAAAAGGCCACAUCGAUGCAGUGGCUCUGUUACUUGAUAAAGGAGCAGAUAUCGAACUAUCGGGAAAAUAUGGCACAACGGCAAUGCAUGUUGCUGCUUACAAUGGAAGAGUGGACGUUUUUGAGGCUUUGGUUGCCGUAAAGGCUAGAAUUGUCAAAUUUUCUACGAGUCUUCAUUGUGCUGUUCUAAACGGUCAAAUCGAUGCAGUGGUUCGGUUGAUUGAUAACGGUGCAGAUAUCGAACUUUUGGAUAAAAGAGGCCAAACGGCAAUGCAUUAUGCGGCCUCAUAUGGAAGAGGGGAUGUUCUGCGCACUUUGAUUACCAAAAAGGCCAGAGUUGAUGUACAAGAUGAAGAUGGUAGAACGCCUCUUCACUAUGCUGCUCACAUCGGUCACAUCAGUGUAGUGGUUUCUUUGCUUGAUGUAGGAGCAGAUAUCGAAUUAGCGGAUAAAAGUGGCAAAACGGCAAUGCAUUAUGCUGCUGCAAACGGGAGAGUUGAUGUUUUGAGCGCUUUGAUUGCCAAGAACGCCAAAAUUGAUGCACAAGAUGAAAAUGGUUGGACACCUUCUUACGUUGCCCCUCUCAAAUAUCAAUUUGAAGUGAUGGAUGUACUAUAUCCGGCAAAGCAUGAUGCUGCUUCAAUUGAAAGUGCGGAUGAUUUGGACACUUUGAUUAUCAAAAAGCCCAGAAUUGAUGCACAAGAUCAAGAUGAUUGACCGCCUCAUUGUCACUUUUCAACGGUCAUAAAAAAACUGUGAUUUUGUUAGUUCGUGAAGAAGCAGAAGAAGAAGCAGCAUCAAACCAUCACAGCUAACUUGCACUAAGGAAAUGCAAGACAAUGGUGACGACAUUGGACAUUUGAAAUUGUUUUGCUUAUUAGCAACAGAGCAAACGUUCCAGUUUCGAAGAAGGAAAGCCGACCGCCAUACGAACUGUGCGGUCUGGUUUGGCCAUGGAAGGGCCCUUUCUUAUGGGCUUGUUUGCGUCCGCA